UACUGCACCUGGAACAAAGAAUCCUACUACGCUAGUUUCCUUUCCAUCCUUUCAGUGCAAUUGCGAUCCUGGCAGAGGAGUGUGUGUAUACAUUCAGCGUGUGUAAAAGAAACAUUUCAUUUAAGAAUUUGUCUUAAGUUGGUUUAACAUCUUGUUUUUGUUCCACAAUGAGUGCAUCAACUGCAGGACCUUUGCAAGAAAUAAGCGUCAACACGAUAAAGACCCAGAAAAAGAACCAGUCUAAACGAUUGAAAUCUAGCGUCCAGAUCUCCCUUUCUGAGUCAUCCAAUCAUGUCUACUGUAUCAAUAGACCCUCUUCAGAGCCAAAAAUUUUUCAUGAAGCACAUGUUGGGAAAGAAAACCAAGCCAUCAAUAAAGUACCAUUGCUCAACGAGCAUGAAAAACCAAUUUUUAUCGAAAAAAUUCUAGUGAAAGCUGCAGCUGAUAAAUUUAAGAGGAGUGACAUUCCACAAGUUUCUAUUCAUCGCGAGCCUAAAAUCAUGAACGAAACAAAGGCGGAAUCAAUCCUUAAAGAAUCAAAUGAGACAAAAAUAACAGUUAUUUGUGCCCCACAUAAAACACCAACUCUGUUUGAAGAAGACAAAGAGAACAGGAAAGCUCUGAAAAAUCAAACGACAGCGACAGUUCCUCAUCAAGGGAGUCAAGAGACAACUGUUAUCAAGACCAUCGCUAAUUCUACACUGAAAUUAAACUGUGAGGACAAUAAAGUAGUCGCAAGGAAUCUAAAAGAGGUCCGCAUAAGCAAUGAAGUUGCUGCUGUUCCAGGCCAUUCGAGUCCGUCGUUACGCGGCAUCAAAGAGCCGGGCACGCCUAUAAAAAAAGCUUCCAUCCAAGAGAUCCAAGUUCCUGCGACCGCAGUUUCUGCGAGUUUGCCUGUUUCUGACUCGUCAACAAGUGGUGGCGAUGUUCAAACACCUCACAGCCUCGAUAAUUCUACAAUUUUAUUAGCUUCUGUCCAACAAGACUCUAAUUUGACUGACUGUAAUCUAGACCCAUCUAUCGGCUUGGCUUCGGACCUUAAUGGAGGAAGCGCGAACAGUUUGACAUUAAUUCCUUCAAUCUCAUUAAAUUCUGAAGCAUUGUGCCAUUCUUGUAACAUAAUAUCUCCGAACAAACCAUUCGAUCCUCAAAAUACUGCAGAAGAUUCCUUGCCAGACACUAAACCAUUAUCAAUUGGUAUCGCAGUCAAGUCUCCGCUUCUUCAGUCGGCCUCAAGUCAAGUUAAUGACUGCAAGAGCUCACAAAAACUGCCACUUUCGCGCCGAAAUGCUAGAGAGAGAAAUAGAGUGCGACUGGUAUCUCAAGGCUUCGCCAUUCUUCGCCAACACGUUCCUCAAGCCGCCCGCAGGAAAAAAUUGAGCAAAGUGGAGACAUUGCGUUGUGCUGUAGACUACAUUAAAGCCCUGAGCAGAAUGAUUGAAGAAUACAAUGCAAACAAUAACCUUCCUUCUGCCCUCGUUCCUCAAACUUGCUCAUUCGAGCCACGGACAACUGCCAGUAAUGGUAGCUUUGAGCAGGACGCGAGCCAAGUAAAGCAUGAAAGAGAUGAGCAUCGUCACCCAUUACAUGAAGUGCUCCAAAGACAACAUUUACAAACGAUGCUGCCAAUUGAUAGCACCCGUUUGCUCAACGCCUCGAUGCUCUCCAAACAGCGCGAACAAUGCCUCCACAUCGCUCCUAACAGACAUGAGAAAGAUGGCACGCAACCCUCGUCCAAUCUUGAUAUAAGCUCCGGUAAUUCGAUGCUCAGACAAGGAUCGUUUAAUCUUCCUCUCAACGAGCCACAAACCUUAGGAUACCAGCUCAUCGAAUUUCCAAGUCCCAGCGUGAACCAAGGUCCGGUUGCAUUGUGCGCUGCAGCGCCUCUCAUGUCCAUCGUUUCCAGCUUCAACCACAAAUCCUCCAACAUCGUAUCCAUCGUACCAAGUUUGGACCCAACCUCGCCGGUCAUCUCAUCCAUCGUUCCUAGUCUGAACCAGAAGUCAUUUAGCGUAGCACCCAUCGCAAACAACUCGGACGUAAUUUCUUCGAAUGUCGCUUCAGUAUCACCUACUACGCACAAUGCAUCCCAUGCAUUUGUCUCAACUCCCACCUGCUCUGAUUCAUCUUUGCCCGAUAUUGCAUUCACUUCUCCUGUUACGGAAACUUCUCUAAUCGACGAACAAAACGAGCUAUUUGAUGGAAAUGACACUGAAGACUCGGAACUCAUGGACUGCUUGUCUUUGUGGCAGGAAACGCCUUAGAAAAUUCUGGGAGCGAUUCCAAUAGAUAGUUAUCUAAAGGACUGAGCACUUGGACUGAUAUACUAUUCUCUUUUAGAUACAUUUAUUCAUAAGCAAAUAUUGCUUUAAAUACUUACGAUUAACCUGACAUAUUAUGAAAUUGCAAGUCUUGGACUAAUGUACUGGACCAGGCAAAAUCCUCUUAUGAUGGUCACUGGUCCUUUUCUAGACCGAUUUUUGCCGCAGUUCGUGAAUAAAUUGCAAAUGAAAACACGAAAAUCAAUUUGUCUAACACUGUAAAUUAUUUAAUUAUCUAAAUUCACUUGUCAGAUGGCAGGCAGCAGCCUUCGAUGAUUGAACGUUGUCUUGGUACUUUAUCUCAAUGUAUCCUCAACAAAGAUCCAAUUCAUUGAAAUAUGAAUUUUAGAAAUCGAUGAAUUAUGAACCUUGAAUUAGAAGCAUACCGACGGAUAGUUUUUUAUUUUACAAUCUAUCUUAUUUCAGAUUUUUUCCGACUCUUUGACUGAAACAGAAACCAAACCCGAGACCGAUCAAAAUCAAUGGAUGUAUACAAUAAGUAGUUUCGUUAGCAGUGAUUCAGAAGUAGGUAUGGGGUUCCCAAACAUCAAAAAUGUGAAAUUUUUAGUUUAUGUUUGAAGUUAUCAAAAAUAUCUUUAUUUGCUUAUUGCAUCUCUUGCGUACUAGGUUACUAAAAAAUGGAAAAAAAUAAAUUUUAACGUUGAACUCUUAUACAAAGUCUUCACCAUUAAAAUUAUAUAACUCAACCGUCACAUAUAUUUAGUAUUGAACAAUUAUAUUAGAAAAAAUACAACUACUUUCAUAAAAGUGCUAGACCUUAGCAAGUAUUUUUAGCAUAUAAAUAAUUGUGAUUGUACCAUGAAUUCUUAUGCAAGACUUCGAUUCUUCGCCAUAGGAAAUGACUUGCACUAAAUAACAAUAACCAAACCUAUUAAACUAGUCUAUCACCAAAGUCGUUCUAAGGUUCGUUUAUCUCUAACAUUAUUUAUUUAAUUGAUUUGUUUGUUAAAUUAUAAACUCAAAUUAUGCCUAUUCCUCCUUAAACAAAUUGGUAUAGAUAAAUUUCAGUAUUAAUUGAUUUGAGGAGUUUCAGUUGGAAGUAUACUUAUAGAUUAUUUAUGUGAUCAUUUUUUCUGUGCAAUUCAAGCUCCAAAAUGUUUUCCAGCGUUAAUCCUUCUUACUCGUCCGAUUCAAUACGGACAAGAAAACCGCACGCCAAUUCGAACUCUUUUCUUCGCGCGUUUACAAGAAAAGUAAUUAAUGCACGUUCAUGUCAACAGUUAAAAAAGUGUGUUUGCUCCGUCUUAUUUUUAUUAUAUCAAGUAUUAUUAGUAAUUUAUAUUUUCAAUUUGGUAAUUAUCAUUAGCUUCAUGAACUAGUUUCUUCCUCACCUUUUCUCCCAGCGUUUUUGUAUACUAAUUGCUAUUAAAUAAUAUGCCAUUUU